AUGCACAGGCAAUUGUUGUUUAGGCUUUUUAUUUGCCUUUUCCAUCCUGUAAAUUUCGCAGAGGCUCCUGCUGUGCUGUGCGCUCACCCCUGGUUUGCCUUACAGGUGACCAAAGCGGUCCGAGCUGGGGAAGUCGACGCCAAGACCCGUCGCCAGAUCUUUGACGCAAUUGGAUUCACGUUUCCGAAUCGCCUGCUCGCCUCCCGGCAGCCCCCGGCGGGCUGCCCCGACCACACCUUCCGCGCCCUGGGCCUCACUCUCUUGGCAUGUUUCUGCACUGAUCCCGAGUUAGCUGGGCACUCCCAGAUCCUGAACAAAAUCCCAACCUUCAAUGACGUCCUGGUUUCCCCCUGCGAUCCGGACAGCACGUCCAUGAUCGAUGAUGUAUAUCAGUGCCUGAGCGCAGUCCUGGCCACUGCCAGGGGCCCCAGGGAGUUGGUGACCAAGGGGACAGUGUCUGCCCUGUGCCAGGCCUACCUGAACUGCGGUUACGGCUCUGACCGUGCCUUGACACUGCUCCUGGGGCUGUUGGCCAUAGCAGAGGCGAAGUGCUGGCAGAGGGACGCUCCACACCUCCUGGCCGUGCUGAGCAAGCUCUCCGAUGAUUUUCUCAAGAGCGAGGACAUAACCAAAUUUGAGCUGUGUGAGAUUCUGCCUCACUUCAUUCCCCUGUCGCCACCUCUCUCGCAGGACUCGCAGGGCUCCGAGUGCCUCCAUAGACUUUACAAAGGGCUGGCUAAUGUUUUGGCCAGUAAACUCAGCCAGUCGCAGCGGGACCCUGCUCUGAAGCUUGCUGCCUGCCUCGUGCAGGCCUGCGGGUCGGAGUGGAUCCCAGCAGGGAGUGAUGGAAGCAAGUUCCUGGCCUUGCUGGUGAACUUGGCUUGUGUGGAGGUCCGCCUGACCCUGGAGGAGCCAGAUCCCGUGGAGGUGGAAGGGAAAAAAGAAGUGGUAACAGCCUGCUAUGUCCUUAUUGAGAUGGGGAUCCAGGAGUGCCUGAGAGAAGAGAAACCGAUGCUAGAAGAGGUGCAGAAAAUGCAGCUGAUGAGGAUCAUGGAGGAGGCAUUUGGAGCUGUAAUAUUCUACCUGAGACAGGUUAAAGAGGAGGAGUUACAAGAUCCUUUCAUAUUUGCUUCUGUUCGAGUCCUUGGAGCCUGGAUGGCAGAAGAGACAUCCUCCCUCAAGCAGGAAAUCUGUGAGCUCUUGCCUUUCCUUGUUCAUUAUGCCAAGAAGCUUUUCCAAGAGGGCAGCCCAACUGCAAGCCUUCCCCAGCCAGAGCUGAUCAGCACUGAGGGCUCUGCCUUACCCCCGGAUGCUCUGAGGUUUCUGCUACCUGGCUUUUGCCAUUUAACAGCAGAGGACAGACCCCGGGACAUCCUUGUCUCAGAAGGGGCACCAGCACUGCUCUGCGAGUACUUCCUGCAUCAGUGGGGGGUGCUGACCUCCAAGCCCGGGUCUCUGGCUCCACUGACCAGCGCUGAAAUGAGUCUACAGACCACGUGUGGGAUUUUCCUUAACCUGGUCGUGACUGCGCCGGACCUCAUCAGGCAAGACAAAACCUUUUCCUCCUUGAUGGAUGUGCUGCUGAAGUCUCUUCCGCUUCUCCUGCCCCAGAAGGAUCACCUGGUUCUAACAGCCAACAUUGCCACUCUGGGCCUGAUGAUGGCCAGGAUCCUCGCGAGUUCAGCAGUUCUUCAGGGCACACCAUCUGCCAAGGAGUUUUUCGGAGCCGCCCUCCAGUUCCUAUCCCAGGCUCACACCGCCCAAGCAGAGCCUGGUGGUGGCUGGGCCGUGGCCGUGUCACCUGCCUACGCCAGCGCCUGGGCGGACGUGAGCGAGCUCUGGUUCCUGGGGAUGCAGGCGCUGGCCGGCUGCGUGCCGCUGCUGCCCUGGCUGCCGCAGGCCCUGCUGCAGGGCUGGCUGCAAGACCUCUCCCACUUACUGACCCGCGUCGCUCCAGCCUCGCUGGAUUUUGAACUGGUCGCCGCUUUCCAGGGCGUGUUGGUAGAGCUGGCCAGAGCCAGCACCUCGUGCCGGGCCGCGAUCCUGGCGCACCACGGCCGGGAGUGGGCCAACCUCUACGGGAUGGCGGCGCUGGAGCAGGGUCUGUCCAAGCCCUGAGGAGCCGGCAGCACCCUGGGGUGGGACACCAAGCCCUGCACAAGACCUGGUCAACAUUUCUCAUGCACCCUUUGGUGGCAGAUGGGGACAAAACCCAUUUAAACGGCCACACUUUAGGGAAUGGGUGACCCAGCAGCGCUCGGCGGGAUUCGCACUAUCCACAGCCUGACGUGCAGAACUGUCGCUGCCUCGGAACGUUUCGACAUGCGCCUGCUUGACCUGUCAGUAUUUCUUCUUAAAAACAGGCUGGUUUAUUAUUAAAGAAGUUUUCUGUUGCUUGGUUU